ACCACCCCCUAUCCAACCCACCCUGCUCCCUGUCCCUUGACUGCCCCCACCCCUUAUCCAACCCCCUUGGCCCCAGACCCCUUAACAUGAGAUGAGGCUCCUAGCCUCCCCACAGAGCCAAACACUGCCCAGUGGGAGCGCACAGCUCCGGCCCCCAGAGCGCUGCGCGUGUGGCGGCAUGGCUCCAGGGAUGGGGGAGCAUGUCUGCCUCCCCGCAGAGCCCGAGCCCCCAGAGCACUGCGUGCGUGGAAGGCGGGAGAGGAGCCGGCGGCUUGCAGUGCUCGGCCGGGCGCUCCGGCCCGGGAGCGCAGACCCCACAGCUUGCCACGCCGGGAGAGGGGGGCCAUUUGCCUACCCCUGCAUUAGGGUGUGCCUGGGCACACCCUGCACACCCCGUGCGCACGCCUAUGCUAGCCACCCUAUUACAAGUGGGACAAUCUGCAGAAUCCCAGGAGAGGUGGCAACCUUAGAGGCACAUUUCCUGCCUCCCUAGAGGGUACUGAGAGUGGCAGUGCCAGCAGGAGCAGCCACACCAUUUACUUAAAAAUCACAGUGAAUUCAUCACCCUCUGCUCCAACUACCGCACAACAUCGUAUGCAUCUGCUCCAGCACAAUCUCCUACCCUGCCCACUGCCACUAGCCCCUGCCUCCCACUGCUACACGCCCCCUGCUUCCCAUGUGCUCCCUGGCUCCCACCCCCUUGCUCUAUGGCCACACACCCCAUGCCUCCCAGGUGCCCCCUGCCUCCGACCCCAAGGCCACACGCCCUCUGCCUCCCAUGUGCCCCUGGCUCCCACCCCCCUUACCCCACGGCCACGCGCCCCCUGCCUCUCAUGUGCCCCUGGCUCCCACGGCCACACGCCCCCCCCCUCACUGCUUGGCUGGCCCGGCCCCUGGCUCUGGGCUGGACGCGGCUCGCUGCCCCGCGAGGGAGACUCCGAGGCACAGACAUGCGCGGAACUAGACGCGCGGGGUUAGUGUUUCUCACCGGAACCGAGUCGUUAAUGCCCUUCGGCGCCUGCCGCCGCCAUCUUUCCCGUGGGCCGGUUGCCUGGUUACGGCGGCAGAGCUCGCUCCUACCAACGCCGCUAGACUCUGCUCCCGCCCCGGAAGCGCCCCGGAGCCUUGGCGGGGCUCGAGCGGAACGGAGGUGGCCGUGCGUGUUUCCAGCCGGAGCACUGGGACUGGAAGCGCUGCACCGGCCGUAGGUGAAGGAUGGCGGGGCUGGCGGUGCGGGACCCCGCGGUGGAUCGUUCGCUGCGCUCCGUGUUCGUGGGGAAUAUCCCAUAUGAAGCCACAGAGGAGCAGCUAAAGGACAUUUUCUCAGAGGUCGGACCUGUCGUCAGUUUCAGGUUGGUGUAUGACAGAGAGACAGGCAAACCAAAGGGAUAUGGCUUUUGUGAGUACCAAGACCAGGAGACAGCGCUCAGUGCCAUGCGGAACCUGAAUGGGCGUGAGUUCAGCGGGAGGGCGUUGCGUGUGGACAAUGCAGCCAGCGAGAAGAAUAAGGAGGAACUGAAGAGCUUGGGUACAGGUGCCCCUAUCAUAGAGUCACCAUAUGGAGACCCUAUAAAUCCUGAAGAUGCCCCCGAGUCUAUCAGCAGGGCAGUUGCCAGCCUGCCACCUGAGCAGAUGUUUGAGCUGAUGAAGCAGAUGAAGUUGUGUGUGCAGAACAGCCCUCAGGAGGCACGGAACAUGCUGCUCCAGAACCCUCAGCUGGCAUAUGCCCUGCUCCAGGCCCAAGUGGUGAUGAGGAUCGUCGAUCCAGAGAUCGCUCUGAAAAUUCUGCAUCGUCAGACCAGUGUUCCACCUCUGAUUCCAGGCAACCCACAGCCAGUUCCAGGGCCCGGGCCUGGGCCUGGACCCGGGCCUGGUCCAGGUCCUAAUGCACAGAUGAACCAGCAGAAUCCCCCAUCAUCCCAGCCACAGCCCAUAGGUGGCAUGCAUGUAAAUGGAGCUCCUCCUCUGAUGCAGCCUCCUAUGCAAGGUGGAGUGCCAGGUCCAGGACAGAUGCCAGCCUCCGUAGCCGGCCCAGGCCCUGGCCCCUUGGCUCCUGGAGGUGGAAUGCAGCCUCAGGUCGGGAUGCCAGGAGGUGGACCAGUGCCCUUGGAACGUGGACAAGGAAACCUGCAGCUCUCGCCCGUGGGACCUGCCAGGCCUGCAUCUAUUGAGCGAGUUCAAGUGCCCAUGCCGGACCCAAGGGCCCCUAUGCAGCGUGGACCAUUACCUGCUAGCGGCCCACCACCCCGGGGCCUUCUGGGAGAUGCCCCAAAUGACCCACGUGGAGGGACCCUGCUUUCAGUCACUGGAGAAGUGGAGCCCAGAGGUUACCUUGGGCCACCCCACCAGGGUCCACCCAUGCACCAUAUGCCCGGCCAUGACAAUCGUGGCCCACCCCCACAUGAAAUGAGGGGAGGACCAAUGGGAGAACCCAGGCCACUGAUGGGAGAACCUAGAGGGCCUUUGAUGGAUGCUCGAGGUGGAAGAGAUCCCAGGGGCAUGGAGCCCAGAGGGAUGGAGCCCAGGGGCAUGGAGCCCAGGGGCAUGGAACCAAGAGGCAUGGAGCCCAGGGGCAUGGAACCGAGAGGGAUGGAGCCCAGGGGCAUGGAACCAAGAGGCAUGGAGCCCAGGGGCAUGGAACCGAGAGGGAUGGAGCCCAGGGGCAUGGAGCCCAGAGGGAUGGAGCCAAGAGGGAUGGAACCCAGAGGGAUGGAGCCCAGAGGCAUGGAUGCCAGAGGAAUGGAGCCCAGAGGGAUGGAGCCCAGGGGUCCUGGCCCCAACCCAAGAGGCCCAAUGCCUGGUGGAAUUCAAGGACCUGGGCCACUUAACUUGGGAGCAAGUGGCCCUCAGGGACCUAGACAGGUUCCCAACAUGCCAGGGGCAGGCAUACAAGGAGGUGGUAUGCCAGGGGCAGGCAUACAAGCGGGAGCCAUGCCAGGGGCGGUGGUACAAGGAGCUGGCCAGCCAGGAGGCUUUAGCCCUGGGCAGAACCAGGUCACCCCCCAAGAUCAUGAGAAGGCUGCCCUGAUCAUGCAGGUUCUCCAGCUGACUGCGGACCAGAUCGCCAUGUUGCCCCCAGAGCAAAGGCAAAGCAUCCUUAUCCUAAAGGAGCAGAUCCAGAAAUCCACUGGGGCUCCAUGACAGUUUAGAAGACCCUUGGUGACCCUGGCAGCAACCCUGAAGAUCCAGACCUGUGGGAUGGAGGAGGCACCCAAGGCAGCAGCUUCACUUCAUCACCGUCUGACCUGGUGCAGCCAUCAGGGGAAGGGUUCCCCCUUCUUCCCACCCAGCAUAACCCCCGUACUUUUCAUUCUGUGUUUUGUGUGUGUGUUUUACAGUAUUUGAAAUAAACUUGGAGGAGGAUUUGAGUACA